AUGACGAACGCCCAUACUACUAUCACGAUAAAUACACCACCACCAUAUCUUUCAUUAGCCAAGUCUGAGAGAUUACCAACCGUUCUAACGAUUGCUGGCUCCGAUUCCAGUGGUGGUGCCGGUAUUGAAGCUGAUCUUAAGACAAUCUCAGCACAUAGAUGUUACGGUAUGACUUGUAUGACAGCAUUGACAAUCCAAACCCCGGUUAAAGUGUAUGGAAUCCAUGUUACACCAGAAAAUGUUGUUUCUCAAAUUCUUGAUGCCAAUUUGAAAGAUAUGAGAUGUGACGUGAUUAAAACUGGGAUGUUAACCUUAGAAUCAAUUGAGGCCUUGCAUGAUAAAUUGAAGUCAUUUGAAGGAGACGAAUCAAAACCAAAAUUGAUCGUUGAUCCUGUCUUAGUUGCCACUUCUGGUUCUUCAUUAGCUGGUGAUGAAUUGGUUUCGAUAAUCAAAGAAAAGAUUACACCAUUUGCUACGUUGCUAACUCCUAACGUUCCAGAAUGUUUCAAAUUGAUUGGUAAGGAAAGUAAGCUUGAAUCCAUGGAUGACAUUUACAAACUAGCUCAGGAUGUUUCUGAUGCGACCAAAUGUAGUAACAUCUUAUUGAAAGGUGGACAUAUUCCAUGGACAAGUGAUGGCAAUAAGAAAUAUAUUACUGAUGUCCUAUAUAUGAAAAGCGAGAAGAAGUUUGUGGUAUAUAAAGGACGUUAUGUUAACACUACGCAUACCCAUGGUACUGGGUGUACCUUAGCUUCUGCCAUCUCCUCUAAUUUAGCUCGAGGCUAUUCCCUUUGUCAAGCUAUCUAUGGUGGUGUAGAAUAUGUUCAAAAUGCAGUUGCCAUUGGUUGUGAAGUCACAAAAGAUACAGUGAAGACAAACGGACCUAUCAACCACGUGUAUGCUGUAGAAGUUCCACUAGAGAAAAUGAUUGAAGACGAAUGUUUUACCGCACAUGAUCUCGUUCCAUCCAAGGCAUUAACGACUACCGAAAGCAUCAGAAAAAAUUUCUUCAAAUACUUGAUUGAACAUCCAUAUGUUAAGCCACAUUGGGAAACUUAUAUUAAUCAUGAAUUUGUAAAGAAAAUCGCUGACGGUUCAUUAGAUCGUAAAAAGUUUCAAUUUUUCAUUGAACAAGAUUAUUCCUAUCUUGUAGAUUACGCCCGCGUUCAUUGUGUUGCUGGUAGUAAAGCUCCAUCAUUAGAUGAUAUGGAAAAAGAAUUGACCAUUGUUGGCGGAGUUAAACAAGAAAUGCAACAUCAUCAAAAGAGGUUAAGGGAAGAAUUUGGCGUUAAAAACGACUCUUAUUUUGAAAAUAUUUCAAAGGGCCCGGCUUUGAGAGCGUAUUCAAGGUACUUUAAUGAUGUUGCUAGAAGAGGUAACUGGCAAGAAUUAGUAGCUGCAUUGACGCCAUGUCUAAUGGGUUACGGGUAUGCUUUGAUAACUUUUGAAAAUGAUAUUACUGUUGAAAAGGGUACGAUGUACCACGAAUGGUUAGAUGUCUACUCCUCCAAGUGGUACCGUGAACAUAUGGCAGACGGUGAAGUUCUAUUGAACCACAUAGCCAUGACGUAUCCAGCAGAACAACUAGACACAUUAGUGAAAAUCUUUGGCCAAGUUUGUGAGUUGGAAACCAAAUUCUGGGAUGCAGCAUUGGAGUUUGAAGAGGAAAUCUAA